AAGAAAUAAAAUAAAAGUUAUGCAAAACUUAAUUUAGUUAAGAAAUUUAUAAUCAUACCAUCAAAAUUUAAAGAUAAAACAUGUUGAUGCUCUAUCUUCUGCUCACUAUAAGCAGCACAACAGCCGAAAUUCCCGGAUGCGAUUACUUUGACACUGUGAAAUUGACGGAGAGUAAAAAGCUUCCAAAUGGUUCUUAUCUUUAUGAGAAAAUAAUAAUUCCUCCAGAGCAAACUGGUGAAUAUGAUUACGAGAUUCUGGUGGAUGGAGAGAAGGUGGAUGUGCCAAAGCAUCUGAGAGGAUGUGCCUGUAAACUGGGCAACUGUAUAAGAUUCUGUUGUCAAAGGAACCUUAUGCUUGUUGCGGAGGAACGCAAGUGUAGUGGUGAUAUUAAUAAAAUAUUGAAUUUGGAUCCAUUCGUGGAGCUAACCCUGACCAAUGGCAGUCAGGUGAGGAUGCAUUUACUGGAUGAGUUGAUAAUACAAGAGGAUCUGCCAGUGCCCUGUUCAGGACACUUUUACCUUGAUGCCAAUCAAUACGAGAGCCAUGGAUGGACAUUGUUUGAGGAUGGAACUAUGCUUCGAGAAUUUGAUAACAAGACGUUGUCCAAGCAAGAAUAUUGUCUACAGGCUCAUCCGAUUAAAAGUUCUGGCAACGUCACGCUAGUGCCGCAUUUCUGUGAAGAUCCCCCUGAAAAUCCAUGGCCAACCACUAUAUUGUUAAUUCUAACUAUUAUUUGCCUUGUUCUAACGGUUAUCGUAUACCUGUCGCUUCCAAAAUUGCGGAACCUUCAUGGGAUUUGUUUCGUAUGCUACUUGCUCUGUUUACUGGUGGGCUAUACGUUGCUUCUUUCCGACAAAUGGAAGUGGAUUUCUUCCAAAAGGGCCUGCCAAGCAAAUGGUUACGUCGGUUAUUUCGCCGUAAUGUCGGGAUUUCUCUGGCUUACUGUCAUCAGUUAUGAUCUUUGGAGCAGUUUUCGUAGCAAAAUUAACAAUUUUCAACAAUAUACACCAAAAUAUAGGUUCGUGAUUUAUAGCGUUUAUGUUUGGGGAAUAGCUGCCGGUUUAACCAUAAUUGUGAUUAUUAUGGACCAUAUUUUGGAAGCAGAAAAUGAAGAUCAUUUACCUUGGGUACCUGGAGUGGCACUCUAUAACUGUUGGAUCAAAACCGAUGACUGGUCUGCCAUGAUCUAUUUCUAUGGGCCAAUGUCGCUUCAGAUCAUUUUCAAUCUGAUAAUGUUCGUUUUGACGGCCGUAUGUAUACUGAAAGUUAUGGAAGAGUUUCAGACUAUUGUGGCACGACAGGAACGUCAGCAAAGACUCAAGUCUGAUAAGAAAACUUAUAGUUUGUUUGUACGUCUCUUUGUCAUCAUGGGUGUAACAUGGACCUUUGAAAUCUUCUCGUAUCUGUCCCAAAGCAAUGCAAUUCUGGAAAAGAUAUUUAUAUUCUUCGAUUACAUCAACCUUGCCCAGGGGGUUAUCAUAUUCAUUAUGUUCGUGCUCAAACGCAGUGUUUUUAAACUAAUCUCAGAUCGUGUAAUGGGUAUAGAGCCAACAUCUGAUGAUGAAGAUGAAGAGAUUGUACUACAAGAAAGGGAAGGAUAUUUUACGAGAAGAGACUUCGUUCCAAGUAUUUUAAAUUAGCUUCCAUCAUAGGCGACAGGGUUCCCAAAAUACUGCAAUGAGUUCAAAGAGUUCGUAUUUAAGAUCUUGUUCUACGAAAAUUUCUUCCAAGAGGAUACCGGACGGUAGUGUAGUUUAUUUUAUGAAGAAAACUUAGGCCU